GUAAACAAAAGGGCGUUGACUACCGAUCGCAAAGCAAAGGCACGGUGGCAUUGCAUCGGGUCUCGUCUAAAUAAAAAUACGAUGUUGAUUAAACUGCAUGGUUUUUCUGUUUGAUAGUUCUAAUAUCUGAGUUCUAACCAACACUUACUUCAAACAAUACUCGCACCGAAUUCAACCUGUUCUUUGACUUCGAGCGAUUUAUCUCUUGCCACUUUUAUUUUGAACAGACGCCACCAAGCAAUGAAUACCGACACCGCCCCGAUACCCGCGGUCCGUCCUCCGGUGGACAAGCCUAUGCGGCUGGUUGGUGUUAGCCACAGUAACAACAGCUACAGCUUGGUCGACCAUGCUUCUGCGAAUGAUCAGCUUCACCAUGUAUUUUUGGUUGUGAAGCAGCACGUUGCUGGUAUCCUUGCUGAUGCCCAGUAUUACAAGAUAGCUGACCUCAAGAAUGAAUUGAUUGCUCUGGGUACAGAUGUUGCUUCCCUGGAAAGAGACAGGGCUUUUGAGGAAUCUAGGGAUAAAUAUCACAGUCAUUUCUGGAGAGCAGAUGAUGAAGCUGAAAACAAACAGCUGAUUGUGAAAUUGUCUGAGGUUGCCUACGCACUCCUUGAUUACAAACAGAACUGUUGCACAGAAAGCAGAGGUCCCUAUGCAUUAGAUGAAGCAAAGCUUGAAACACUUUGCAAGAAGCAUUUGUAUGAAUUACAGAAUUUCAGAAGGGAACUUGCACAGUUUGUCAACACAGCCCGAGAUCGAAAUGCCCAUGUUACCCGCCUCUCCGCACCCCUUCAGUCUCAACUCGAAUGGCAUCAGUACAAAUCACCUCUAGAUGACCCCAGUAUCCGUCGACCUCUGCCCUAUGAAUGCACCCUGACCACCCGUGAUACGAUAGGCCCUAGAACUGACCCUCCAGAUGUGGAUGGGCACAAGUCAGGUGUCAAGCAAUUACGAAGUCAGUGGGAUGUACCAGAUUUAUCAGGGAAACCAGGAGCAGUUAAUUCUGGAACACAUGGAACUUUGACUAGCCGAGGACGAUAUGGUGGUAGACACAUCUAUGAAAGGAACAUCAACGAGAGAAGAAAACCAACUGAGCAAGAAAUUCAACAUGUUUCAAGCCGAUACAAGCAUUAUCAUGGACUAUGUGAAUAAGCAAAUGAUCUUACAAUGAUGUUAAGCAUAAUCACGUCUUUGAGGACUGCUUUUGACUAGGUUCAUUACAUAAUUUUGACAUGCCUAAAAAGUGUAGUACAGCAUCUCUGUCUGAAAAUGCAGUGUGUUUCUGUGAGACUUACAUGUACAUGUAUGUCAGUUGGGUAGUAGGUUAACCCGAGGUAUAAGUUCAAGACUAACGGUGGGGAAAUACCUGCUUCUAUGGAAUUCAGAUUGUCUGAUUCAUUAUUCAUGACAAA